UGCUCUUUAAAUGAGCUGAAAAUAACAUAAAUAUCCGGGAUUUCCGGUGGGAAUAUACGGAAGAGACGUGUUUUGUGCGCUACGUGGCCAGCUGUGACAGCAGCAACGGCAGCAGCAGCUCGUAUUGACAGUUUGACAUGAUGGAGUUUGACAGAGCAGAAUAUGGCAACGACAGGAUCGAGAAAACCAGCGAGAACGACACUGACACCGAGACUUCCGCGCCCGGCGCUGAGGAAGACCGUAAAUCAUCUUGGAGUUUGGAGAGAAACUGGGGAUUUAAUUUAGAGGAGCUCUUUAAACUUGCGCUGAAAUUCUUUAAAGAGAUGAAUGGGAAGGCAUUCAACCCAACAUAUGAAGAAAAUCUACGUUUGGUUGCACUACAUAAGCAGAUCACAACUGGUCCUUAUGAACCAAAAGAAUGUCCAGAAAUUGGCUUCUUUGACGUACUGGGAAACGACAGAAGGAAAGAAUGGCUACGGCUUGGCAGCAUGGCUAAAGAAGAUGCCAUGGAGGACUUUGUGAAGCUUCUGAACUCCUGUUGUUGUCUGUUUGCACCAUAUGUGACAUCACAUAAGAUUGAGAAGGAGGAACAAGAGAAGAGACGAAGAGAAGAGGAAGAACGUCUAAGGCUGGAGAGAGAAGAGCAGGAGCGACGGCGGCUGGAAGAAGAAGCACGACGCAGAGAAGAAGAAGAGAGGAGGAUAAAAGAGGAGGAACAGAGAAGAAAAGAAGAGGCAGAGAGGUUACAGAUAGAGCGGCAAAAACAACAUAUCAUGGCUGUUCUGAAUGCACAAACAGCAGUGCAAUUUCAACAGUAUGCCAAACAGCAGCAUCCAGACAAUCCAGACCAGCAGCAGUUACUCAUCAGACAGCUGCAGGAACAGCACUACCAACAGUACAUCCACCAGGCCCUCCGCUUACAGCAGAUGGCCUUGCAGAAGCAGCAGGACUCAAAUGUGACUCAAACGUCAGAAACUCUUCCUGCUCCUGUGUCAAAUGAAGCUGUGCCCACCUGCAAUCCCAACAUCCAAUCAAAUUCAUUAGAAAAUCAGGAACAACAGACAGACUCAAAAGCCUUCCAUUUGUGUGUGGAAGGCAAAACGGGAGAAGUACCUAUCAUUGCUCCCUCUAUGUGGACACGGCCUCAGAUUAAGGAGUUUAAGGAAAAGGUGUUGCACGAUCAGGACUCUGUGAUCACAGUGGGCCAAGGGGAGGUGUUGACAGUACGGGUGCCCACUCAUCAGGAUGGCUCACACCUGUUUUGGGAAUUCGCCACCGAUCACUACGAUAUCGGUUUUGGGCUGUACUUUGAGUGGAAGGACUUGACCAUGCCAGCAAGCACUGAAACUACUGAAACUAUAGAAGGCACAGAACAAGUUGAAGGAGAGAAGCAGGCAGAACAGGGCAGAAGUCCACUGGUACAUGAGGUUGUUCCCGUUUCCCGUCGUGACAGCCAUGAGGAGGUUUAUGCAGGCAGCCACCAAUAUCCUGGUCAAGGAGUUCAUCUUCUGAAAUUUGACAAUUCCUACUCCCUCUGGAGGCCAAAGGUUGUCUAUUACAGAGUUUAUUACACUAGAUAAACAUCAGCAGACCAGGUUCUGCAUUCACAAUCCACCUUUGAGCAUGUUGAGAGUCUUUAACAGAGGCACACUACUCAAGCUGUUGAAAUAUGUUGUUUGUUUUGAAUGCAAAGGUAUUUGCAUUGUGUUCUCAAGAUACAUGAAUCUUACUUUGGAGUCAUGAUCCAAAGUCCUUGGAAUUCCUGUGCUUUAGUAAUUUGUUUUUUUUUUCCCAUGCAAGAAAACAAUUUUCCAAUAUCUUAUAUGUUUAUGUUGAAUCAAUGAAGGAGUGGUGAAUACUAAUUAUUUUUUAAUUGAUGUGAUUGAUUCCCACAACAGGUGAUAUUUCACCAUGUAUUUCUUGAGUUUAUAGGACUUUUUUUAAUUGCUGUGUGGGUGGUUGAAGAGAUCAAGCAAUAGUAGUUUAAUAAUUGUUACUUUUUAUAUUAAGGCCUAAUCUUACUGUAAACGUGAUUAUUCUUUUCUGUUUUAUAUGUUAAUUAUAACCAGACGUUUAGGUUUUUGUUAACCUUUUGAAAGGUUAUCUAUAUGUUUGCACACACAAAAAAAACUAUUUGUGCAUAAAAGCAAGUCAAGAACUACUAGUACUAGUUCUCCAAAAUGUUGGCUUUCUGGUAAAGGUUCAUAUUGAUAUAUUUUGUGUAUUUUCUAAAGCAGACAUGCGUAUCCUGCUGAUACCAAAACAUAUAGGCAACUACGCAGAUACAAUUUUGUACACUACAAUGAUGGAGAAAUGUUGUGUGUAGAUGUAGAUAAAGAGGUAAAAAAACGAUUCUAAAUACAUUGGAUUAAUAGUUCAGAUAAUAGUUUAAAAAUUUUAAUUAUAAGUGGCAGCUAAUCUUGCAGCUAAGGUGUAACCAUGAAAUGUGGUGAGGGAUUUUUGUCUUUUUAAUUGUAUUUUUUGUAUAAAUAACACAAUUGUCCCAUUGAUAUCUAUUCCUUUGGGAGGUCCCGCAGUGCAAUCUAAAUUUUGUGUGAGAACAGUAUAUUUUUUUUAUUUGAAAUAAAUGCCUUUAUACCCUUCAUAAGUGUGCAAGUAAAAUAUGAAGAAUAUUUAAAUUAUCGUGAAAAUUAUUGUA